AUGAAGCAAGUUAAAUUCGUCCCACACCAAUCUCAAUGGACCGAUGAAGAGUUUCAAGCCAUGGUUGAAGGCGUUGAGAACGACAUAGACGGCGAACUUGAAGGAGCUCAAACCACAAUUGCAACCAAAAUUGCACAAGUCAAGGAACAGAUAGCUCCACUUAAAGCUACCAAAGCUACUCUUGACCUCAUGGAUACUUACCGUUUAGAAGUAAAGAGUGGAAUAAGACAAUUAAAAUUAAAACUUCUAAACUACGAAGCUAUACUCCAAAAGUUAGCAGAAAUGAGAAGACUUUACCAGAGCUACUUACAUGUAAGGGACUUACCUUCAAGCAGUCCGACCAAAGAUGAAUUUUCUGACAUUGUCCCAAUUUUGUCCGAAAGUCAGCUCAGAUGUUUCGAACUGCUCCCAACAUAUCCAGAAUAUGAACGUUUGCCUGAACUCUUCCGCAAUCUCAAAAAAC